AUGGAGAUCGAACAGGUGCAGUGCGACUGCUGUGAUCUGCAAGAAGACUGCACACAAAACUACAUCAGUGAGGUUAAGGCAAAGUUUGACGGCAAAUGGUUGUGUGGUUUGUGUGCAGAGGCUGUAAGAGAUGAAGUGAUUAGAGCUAAGAAGAUAGGUUAUGGAAUGGAGGAGGGUAUGAAGGCUCACAUGUCGUUCUGCCGGAAGUUUAAGUCCAAUCCUGCAGUCCAAGUGGCUGAUGGAAUGAAGCAGAUGCUCCGGCGGAGGUCAGGGAACAUGUCAGGGACUUCAGCCCCUUCAAUGACAGCCAAAAACCACGGCAGUCACCCAGAAAAUUCCGACCCCUAAUUGCUGAUGUGGCCACCGGAGAAUCCCAGUCAUCAUUACAUGGCCAUGUCAUUUAUCUCAAGUGGCAUAGUGACUCAGCAAACUUAUGCCUUGUCAGCAAAUGAUGCCAUGUUGGCAUCUUCUUCUCCAAAAGCUUAGGCUGAAUUGUCAUUGUUCAACCCAGCCUACUCCAUGGUUCUUACCCUUCAAAGCACCAUGGCCUCCUCCUCAAAGGUCCUUUGCUGCCGCCACUCAUCACUGGAGAUCCCGCCAGAUUCCUCCACGUCGCACGGCCAUCUUGUAGACAAUUCCUCCACAGCUCUUCCCCACAACAUACGCCGAGGCUCGGAGAAGCUUCUCCAGCUCCAUCAUGAACCUUUCAUCUAUUGCGACGUACCUCGCCUUCUCCGCCUCCUCUCCUCUCCUAUGCCGGA